AACAGGUUUAUUAAAAGAUGAGUCAGGGCAGAGGAGAGGGAAGGCAAAGAAAAAGAAAAAGAAAAAGAAAAAAAAGUCCGGUGGCAGGUUACAUACAUAGAAUCUUGUUUCUAUAAAAGCUCAGAAAACAUCAUGUGACUAGGAAGUUUCAAACGCCUCCAAUAUAACAUGGAAGAGAAAAAAAAAACUGUUCCUGGACAAAGAUACACAUUUCUUCCAAAAGGGGGAGUCUUUCUAUAUAUUUUGUAAUAUCUCCAGAGCACAGCAUAAUGUUGGUACUGCCAUUUUGGCCUUUGUCAUUAGGAAGGUGACCCAGAUAAGCCUAACUACAAACACCCUUUUCUGUACUAAACUUCACUCAUAUUUAACUGAAGCAACAUUGUUUUUUUGUAAAUAUAACUGUAACAAUUAUUCUAAAAGGCAAUACAGCUGUCCUCACCAGUUAUGUUCUUGAGACAUCAGUUUCAACAAACUUAUAUGUAAAAAGUAUUCAAAAAGUUUAAACAUUGAUCUUAACUGGAGAGGAGUCUGCACUUACACAAGUUUUCUUGCUAUAUACAUUGCAUUCUAAGAUUUCGGACUCACUUUUGAAUAUGCAAAGACAUUUCAUGGUUAAGACCACAAAAAGGCUGAUCAGAGAGUAUUUUUAUUUAAAUUGCCAUUUUAAAUAUCAGUCGUUUUAUCUUAAAGCUUGUCCUCGGGUUUAACAAAGUUUAACUCACAUCCACGCGUUGUCUCUCCGAUCACAGCAGGCAGAAAUUCUCCUUUGAUUGGAUUAAGAUAGAUAAAGUCUGCUUAACCGUGAAUCGCCAAUUGUCAAAUCUAUGCCAAUUCGGUACCUAGGAGUCAAUUUUUUUGCCUGAUAAACAAGAUAAUUGUGUGGACCGUUUUAAGGUGGUUAGUCAUCUGCUAAAUUGGCUGAAAUGCGGAUUACCCAGUUCCUUCGUCGUAUAGAGUUGCAUUCUGAGGCGUGGGGCUCGGGGAUACAGCCCUCAGAAAUUCUGAACCUCGGUCCCGCAAUCUACCACACCACAUAACCUUGGAAGGCCAAACUAACUUCACUAUUUUUGACAAAAUGCUUUGGUAAUGGCUCAUUCGGGCCGAGAGGGAAAUUCUACAAUUCUCCAACCUACACCUCCAGCAAGGGGAGAGCUGCUUGAGUGGUGAGCACAAGCUGGGCACCUCCAGCGUCUCCAGGAAACGUGAACAGGCCCUUUCUUCGGAGGGUACAGAACUUCAGGAUCAGGGCCCAAUGGAAAGUGAGCGGACUUAACCCUAACUGUGCACAGGACCGCGCUCUCCGACCCCUUUGUGGCCUCUCCCAGAGGUACGGGCGUCGCCCCAAGCCGGGAGUCUCUCGUACGGCCUGCAGCCGGCAGCCGCUGGAGCAGGAGGAGAAGAGAAGGGACUCGCUGGACCGUCACAAACGCUGUCGCACAUGCGCAGGGAGCAACCGAGUUCGCGGCGAAGUCAGUUUCCUGACUCUUGGAGGAAGUGGCCUUGUGUCACUUCCGGCCUCCUUUUAGCUGCCAUCUUGCGUCCCCGCGUGUGUGCGCCUAAUCUCAGCUGGUCCACCCGAGACCCCUUGAGCACCAACCCUAGUCCCCCGCGCGGCCCCUUAUUCGCUCCGACAAGAUGAAAGAAACAAUCAUGAACCAGGAAAAACUCGCCAAACUGCAGGCACAAGUGCGCAUUGGUGGGAAAGGAACUGCUCGCAGAAAGAAGAAGGUGGUUCAUAGAACAGCCACAGCAGAUGACAAAAAACUUCAGUUCUCCUUAAAGAAGUUAGGGGUAAACAAUAUCUCUGGUAUUGAAGAGGUGAAUAUGUUUACAAACCAAGGAACAGUGAUCCACUUUAACAACCCUAAAGUUCAGGCAUCUCUGGCAGCGAACACUUUCACCAUUACAGGCCAUGCUGAGACGAAGCAGCUGACAGAAAUGCUACCCAGCAUCUUAAACCAGCUUGGUGCGGAUAGUCUGACUAGUUUAAGGAGACUGGCCGAAGCUCUGCCCAAACAAUCUGUGGAUGGAAAAGCACCACUUGCUACUGGAGAGGAUGAUGAUGAUGAAGUUCCAGAUCUUGUGGAGAAUUUUGAUGAGGCUUCCAAGAAUGAGGCAAACUGAAUUGAGUCAACUUCUGAAGAUAAAACUUGAAGAAGUUACUGGGAGCUGCUAUUUUAUAUUAUGACUGCUUUUUAAGAAAUUUUUGUUUAUGGAUCUGAUAAAAUCUAGAUCUCUAAUAUUUUUAAGCCCAAGCCCCUUGGACACUGCAGCUCUUUUCAGUUUUUGCUUAUACACAAUUCAUUCUUUGCAGCCAAUUAAGCCGAAGAAGCCUGGGAAUCAAGUUUGAAACAAAAGUUAAUAAAGUUCUUUGCCUAGUA